AUGGCUGCAAACGCGAACCUUCAGCUCCAGGCUCAACCGGCCAGGACCGUGCUGACUAACCUGGAAGAGCAGGUGCUCCGUGGAUUUCUCGAUCAGAGUAACAGCCUGGUUCACCGCAUUGCUGGCAUUCAUGACGAGAGAAAUUGGGGAGAGCGAGAGGAGCAUGUCACCGCCAAGUUCUUUCGAGCAAUAAACGAAGAAGGGGGAAAGAAGCGCCUGUUUGUUUGUUGCAAUGGCACGUGGAAGAAUGCAUCAGGCACUGCCAAACUUCUCACGAACGUGGCGAGGUUUGCUCGCGCUGUCGAUCGAUAUGGCAUCCACACUGAGUUCAGCGCCAGUGCCAUCACGCAGGUAAUCUACUAUUCGGGAGGAGUACGGGACACAGUCCGUGCUGGUGGAUAG